AUUUUAAUCGAUUGGGCCCAUUUUGCCACCCGGUUGUGAAACGACGCCGUUAAACCCUUAGAACGCAUUUCAGAUGUUUCUUUCUCAAAUCGAUUUCUACAGUGUUUUUCUCAUUCUGCUUUAGGCUCUUGUUAUCUGAGGAAGAGAAAUUUCUCGACUUAGCGAUUCAACAGCGUAAGAUCAGAUGGCGGCACCUUUCACGUUGAGGAAAAUCGGUGUUCCACCGAACUCAGCGAACCUGACAGAAGCUCGCCGCCGUGUUUUCGAUUUCUUCAGAGCUGCUUGUAGAUCCAUCCCUACCGUCAUGGACAUUUACAAUCUUCAAGAUGUCGUCGCGCCUUCUCAGCUCCGCUUUGCAAUCUCUGCUCAGAUUCGGAAAAACGCUCACAUCACCGACCCUAAGGUAAUUGAUCUUCUUCUAUUCAAGGGAAUGGAAGAGCUGACUGACAUAGUGGAUCACGCUAAACAGCGUCACCACAUUAUCGGUCAAUACGUGGUAGGUGAAGGCCUCGUGCAGAAUACCGGAAACAAGGAUGAAGGAAAGUCCGAUUUUCUCAAGAAUUUCUACACCAGCAACUACUUUUGAAACUGGUGAUGUUUUCUUUCCGAGUUUUUCAUAAGCUGUACUGGUUUUGUCAAGCUCAAGUUUCGCAUAAAUCUUUCCAGUAUCUGUAUUUUCGACUUUAGGAAGAAAUCUUCUUCCCGAAAAUAAUAAGACCUUUUCAUUUGUAUGUGUAAUUUCUCUCAGAACCAGGCUGGUUAUACAUAGUACUAGCCAAACCUCUCUAAGAUUUAUCUGUGACAAAAUAUUGAUAUGGUUUCAAGA